AUGGCCAACACUCAGCCUGAUACUCGUCUGCUUGCCGAUGCUAUCGACAGCGGUUACAACCUCAGCCUCUCCGAGGUAGACUCCAUAUCUGAUUCGGACUGGCUUGACAUCUCUAGCCGUGCCUCCGACGACAAUGAAUCUAUCGGUCUUAUCGAAAGCGACCGAGACGACGCUUUCAGGCGUCCUCCUUCGAGACAAUCAAUCAGUAGCAACUCGAGCUCUCAUGACGGUGAUGUUGAAGCCGAAGGAUGGGAGGGUUUCGUGGAGGAUGUCGACGAGAGUGGUGUGGAUGGGCCCUCCGUCCCUGUCUCUAGUUCUCCUAUCCGUGACGCCCAGUCUCUACCAACUGACGAACCCACCGUCACGAACCCCGAAGAGGACCAGCUCGUGAGGGCGGCCUUGGACCAGAGUAUGAUGAGUACUCUUAGCAGCUCGCGCUCGAACUCCCUUAGCGGAUCCACGCACGCUCCUGGCGCUAGCCGUCUCCACGAUCUCAGACUCUCCUUCCCUGACCCCUUGACCAGCUCCCGCGAUGAGUUGCAGGGCUCUUUUGAGGAUCUAUCCCCCGCCUCUUCCGACCCCCUUACGCUAGACGACAACGAACCAGAAGUCGACCCAUUAUCAUUGUGCUCCCAGGAUCCGGGUUUACCUACCACACCCGCGGUCCCGGAUAUGCAUGGCGAUGAUAUUCCCGACACCGAGUUCCAAAUCUUUUUAUACGGACAUUCUGCCGCGAACAAAUGGCAUCUUGUAGAGAUUCUCCUCAGCAAACUCGCAUCCGGGUCGGGUCACCUUCUCUCUGAGCGCGAGAUUCGACUCCCUCGAACCUCCAUCUACUGGCUCAACGCGAAGGGCAACGCACCUCAUUUAACUCUGGGUCGAGCUGUCUCAGUCAUCGACAAGACGGGCCUGCCUGUUGAGCUAAACCCGAGUACGCGGCGCGAGUCAGCCAGGUCCUUGGCCAUCUUUUAUCUGCCCGCCUCCGUGUUUGCUCUUCCUGAGCAUACGCUGUACUUGCCCGCCAUCGUCACCACUUCUUCGAACGAUGAUGACACGAGCUCAUCCCGCGCAUUCGACCGUACUGCCAUCGAACGCCACUGGAACGAGUUUGCUGUUCCCAUGGACAAGCUUCUGCUCAUUGACUCGGAGAGACCUUCAUCUAUUAUCACUGAAGACGAACUUAAGACCCUCGAUGAAGCGGAGGUUGUGCGCGGUUUCGACCCGCUUUUGUCGCAGGAAAGGAAGGCCAUCAGAGCUCUCCAGGAGCGACUUACAUCUACCCCUGCGGUCGCCAUUCUUGCGAUCUUAUCCAUCGUUAUCGGUUGCAUUGUCACCUGCACGUCUCCCGUUCCGAUACAAGUGUUAUCGCCGGUCGAGAAGCACUCGCAGACCAUGAGCGUCGGCGUGUUUAGCAACGCCGCAAACCGUUCCAUCCCCCUCACUAUCACCUCGUCCAUUCCUCUCGCACCCAGCCCAUCCUCUUUCAGAGACAUCGCGCUGGCUGUCUUCAGCCCUGUUCCUGCCAGUGUUUCCACCGCCUCAGCUGCCCAGCCCAGUGCCCGCAGCCCAACUACCUCGGGUACCGCCGCCGUCGUCAAGAGCGAUAUGCCCAGGACCGAUAAGUUGAAGGUCGACAACAAAUCUCUCAUGACCAGGCCCAUCACUUCCGCUCUCUCCCUCACGGGCUCUGCAGGAUCCAAGGCCCUCUCGAUCUUUUCCAGCCCCGAGCAGAGCUCCGUUACGCCGAGAGCAACCGAGCCGACUCCCGCUGCGUCUAUCUACGCCCUCGCACCGCGCCUCACGGACUCUCUGUGGGACCUCCUCAACGCGAAGGCAUUCUCCCACGUUAUUCGUACGGAUAUGAAGGAGUUGAUGGACGCUUUGGAUGAGUUGAUCCAGGUCUUGAACAGGCAGACUGCCUCGGCGUGGCGGGUCUCGAGGGACGUCACGGUUGGCUUGAGGGAGGAGUUUCAGAAACGCAAUCGGCGCGCUCAGGGCACGGCGAGGUUGAUCAAGGAGAAGGGAGAGAAGAUGUUGAUGGAAGCUAGCGAGCAGGCGUUGGGCAGGUUUGGUCAGGCUAGGUCUAAGGCUAGGGCGAUGAAGGAUAAGAUUCGGGCGGAUAUGAAGACUGCGUAUGAUCAGAACUUGCAGAAGGGGAUGGAGAGGAAAGAGAGAAGGAGGGAGAGGCGGAUGAUGAGGAAGAUGAGGAAGGGUCGUGCGGGGUUGUAGAUUCAGGUCACUCGUUUUGCUUUUAUGUGCGUUCUGCUUGGACUAUUUAGUGCAAUGGCUUCGCUGUUGUAUACUCCCCUUCCUUCUACUGAUUCGUGUUGUACAUAUGGUCUGGUUCUGGUCUGCCUGCGCUCAUAUAUAGUGCGGUUGUAAUAUUCAGUGUAAUAUCCUGUAUGUUCUGUAUGUUUGGAUCGUUUGUACAAUUUAACGCAAGUUUU